AGUUGUUCUAAAAAAAAAAAAAAAACAAAAACAAAAAAAAAAAAAUAUGUUUGAAAUAUAAUUGUAAAACAAUACAUACAUAAUAUUUUACAGUACUUCGAAAUGCGUUUCGGUAAAACAAUACGUUUAAUUGGCUCCAUACUUUUUUCCAUUGGCACGCUUAUUUGGUUGCCCAUAGUUAUUUAUGUACCAGCAUUGGCGUUCAAUCAAGUAACUGGCGUCAAUAUUCAUAUUAUAACACCGGUGGUAUGUCUGGUGUGCAUUUUCUAUACAUGUGUUGUAAGUUAAUUUUUUUGCAUAUUUUACCAAACCAUAG